AUGUCACAAUCCGUGUGUCCAACCAGAUUCAACUGCCAGUCAGCUGAUGCUUGGGAGCCUAAUAGCGAUAUAGCUGGCUUAGGUGUGAAUCUACCUCAGGUCCUGAUUGGUUUUAUGGGGACAGGAUAUCUUGUUUUCGCCCUUCUUGUAGUUCAUUACUUGGUGGCAUACGAGCCAGAGCUUCCUCCACCGCGGCAGACACCGGACGACGAAAGGCCCAGCCAAGCAGCGAGUCUGGAGCACCUAAGGGCGAACCCGCCAGACGUUUCCGCUUCAAACAUCGUCACUCAUACGGAUCCAGUUUACUGGGAGCCAAAUCCUAUCGACGUGAAUCUCCUGUCUUGGGUCAGAUCAUGGACAGCAAAGCUUUUGGUCUUUCUAGGAGCAUCGCUUCCGCUCGUCGGCCAGGCAACUUCUGGACAUAUCAGUCGUUGUUUCAACAAGUGA